CACAGGCCCAGCUUUUGCAAGGUAAACACUAUCACGGAGGAAACUGUGCAGGUUGUUGAGAGCAUAUAAAGUCUGCAGAGGGUUGUUAGGAUUAGUCCUAUGACCUAGAGACAAAGCACACACCUGGAAAGACUGAGCUGCUUGAACAAAUUAAUUGGAUUUGUACCGGAGCAUCCCUUCAUUGUGGUCGAGGCCUACAAGUACUAAUUGUGAACUUCAAAGUGACUUAUUGGGCGUAUUAAAACCACCAACUUUGACACAACAACUACUCGUUGUACACACUGACUGGUUGGUGCUCGAGUGUUGAAACCAUCUGCUAUAGCUGGAACGUUCUAGUCUGUAGCCCAAAGUCUAUUAGAUCAGUCUACACUGACACCAGAGAGAGUAGCUGGUUGUCUGUGCCUGGUGUGUGUGUGUACACAGUCUCCUGCUGCUUAGAUCAUGGAAGGUGAUUCAAUGUCGGGAGAUUCAUCCUCGGCUGGCCCCAGUCCCACUGUACAAGAGAGAGAAGAUAUCUCUGAUGGCAGCUCUGUGGCGGCCAAUCAGCCUGACCCAGAUAUUGGUAAAAGCAUAACAAUACCUGAGACUGGAACUGUUUUAACGAACUACACCAAUACAGCUGAGUCUGUGGCCACUAACGGUACAAAGGUCAUUCUCCACGGCCGAGACCUGUGGUCAGAGUUCCACAAGUGCACCACGGAGAUGAUAAUAACCAAAGCAGGAAGACGAAUGUUUCCGGUGGUGAAAUGCAGUGUAGCCGGACUUAACCCCACUGAUAAGUACGCAAUAGUGAUGGAUAUUAUACCAGUUGGAGAUAAUCGAUAUAAGUUCCACGACUCUGAGUGGGUUAUAACGGGUAAGGCGGAGCCUAUGGGAAGUGAGAGGGGGCGGUUAUACGUUCACCCGGACAGUCCAGCAACAGGCGCUGUUUGGGAGAAACAAUUGAUCACAUUUCAGAAGUGCAAGAUUACAAACAAUCAUCUUGACCAACUUAAUUAUGUCAUUUUAAACUCCAUGCACAAGUAUCAACCUCGUAUCCACAUCGUUAAGACAAAUGAAGACCAGACAUUUUCAAUGCAGCAGAAAGUCAGCGAGAAUUUCAGUACACAUCUCUUCCCGGAGACACAAUUCAUGUCUGUCACAGCCUACCAGAACCAACAGAUCACUCAACUCAAGAUCAAGUACAAUCCCUUUGCCAAAGGAUUCAGAGGCUCAGAACUGUGUGGAUCUUCAAGACGACCAAGCUCCACCUCUAGCCCACCCCCCUUUGAUUCACCAGGCUUUGUCGACCCUUCACGAUCCACUAUGUGGCAGGAGAUGACCUUUCCUCAACAACCGACAAUGCUAGGUCCUCACCAACAAGCACUCAUCUACAGAAGCGACGGCCUCACAGCCUACCAACCUGUCGCUAGCGGUCUCGCUCUAGCCAACACAAGAUACAAUCCAGUACAAGCCAGUGGCUAUCAUAUCGGACAACUACCGGGCACCACGACAACGUCCUCAUUGCAACACUUGGCACAUAUACCAGCGCAAUCUUAUUAUAUCGGAGCAAACACUCCGCCCAAUGCAGGACAACAUCAAGCGUCCUUCCAGUCACGACAACACCUACAGGGACUAACGUAUGGGCAAGUAGUGGCAGCUGGUGGGUCGCCCCAAGGAUAUAUAUCAGGUACCCCACCGUUGGCGACGACAACAAGUGCUCUCACCAGCUACAACGUCGGCUAUGGACAUUUAACCACCACCUCUUCCUACACACAGCCAGCUGGGAAUCUGUCGUUAAUGCCGCCUUCUGUAGCUCCACCCCCUAGUUACGACACCACACCUCCUGAUUCCUACUCCUCACCUCACCCUCAACCGAACACUCCUAGUCGACAAUGGAGUUCACAAAGCUACCAGUGAUGAGAACACUAACUCCUUCCUCUCUCUCUCUCUCUCUCUUAUCGAACUGUGACUACUGGACUUCUUCACACAUAUAUACAACCACCACCAUCACCACUGCUAUAUCAUUACUUUAAAUCAUUUUCUGUUGCUAUUUUCCAUUUCAUUUAAUAGGGUUUCCCGAAUUAUCACUUUAGAUGCAAAUUUUGUUAUAAUUAUAUUAGCAUUCAGAAAAAUCAUUGUUGACCAACAUGCAGGUAUAUAUUGGUUCCUCCUUUAGUUGUGUUCUACGUUUUUUUUAAGCUCUUUAGGUCUUCAUAUAUAAUUAUAUCACCAGCUCAUUAUUUUUUUCCUUCUUAUAGAACAGAGUAUUUAUUUC